AAUGUAUCAGGGAGAAAGGAUGGAAUAAAGAUUGCAGACGUUCUUCUUCAUUAUUUAGCUUACGUCCGACUUGAACGAUAUCGAGUCCACUUCGUCUUCCGUUCUACAUCAAGCUGCAAUGCCUAGCAUUACUGUAUAUUUUGCUACUCUUGUUUUUUUGUCAUUUACAAUUGCCUGUGAGAUUAAUCAUGGAUGUGUUCAUGCAUUGAAGGAUGAAGAAAACAACAAAUCAUCUGUCAAGACUAUCAAGAGUGAAGAUGGCAGCGUAAUUGAUUGCGUUGAUAUAUACAAGCAACCUGCUUUUGAUCAUCCUUUGCUUAGGAACCACACAAUACAGAUGAGACCCACAGCAUAUCCGGAUGGGAUAAAUAUGAAUACGCCUGCAAUCAAUAUAACAAAAGUAAUAUGCCCAGAAGGAACAAUCCCCAUUCUAAGAACUCAACCAUUUGAAACAAAACUCGGUCGAAAGUCUCUCAACUUCGAACAUCCUCAAGUUUCUGGGCAUGAGCAUGCAGUAGUUUAUCUGACAGGAAAGUACCUUGGAGCACAUGCUAGCAUAAAUGUAUGGCAACCAAAUGUGAGGACUCCUGCUCCUGCUCCUGAAUUCAGCCUGUCUCAAAUCUGGGUUAUUUCUGAUAACUCACAAAAUAGGGCCACUGCUGAAGCUGGGUGGAUGGUUUUUCCAGCUUUUUUUAAAGAUAGCCAGACACGGUUCUUCUUGUAUUGGACCGAUGAUAACUACCAGCAAACUGGUUGCUACAAUCUGAACUGCCCUGGUUUUGUCCAAACAAACAAACACUUCGCUCUUGGGUCCGUCAUAAAACCAGUCUCAACGUACAAAGAAAAGCAGUUUGAUAUAUCUAUUACCAUAUACAAGGACAGAGCAAAUGGGAAUUGGUGGGUCUCACUGCAAAAUGAGAUUUUAGGAUACUGGCCUGCCUCUAUCCUCACAGGUUUGCAAAACGGUGCCUCUGACUUAUCUUGGGGUGGUGAGGUCGUGAAUACACAACCUGAUGGUCGUCAUACAACUACUCAGAUGGGCAGUGGACAUUUUCCAUAUGAAGGAUAUGCAAAAUCGAGUUAUUUUCGUAAUAUUCAAGUGGUUGAUACUAAACACAACAUGGCAAGUCCAGUGGGUAUGUAUCCAAUUGCAACUAAACCUGGGUGCUAUGAUCUGCACAUCGAAGCGAACAAAAAUACUGCCUAUGGUUACUAUUUCUACUAUGGGGGUCCUGGUCUCUCCCAAAAUUGCCGAUGAAAACAUUACAAAAAAUGCAGGUUCUUGUGGAAAUAUGGCAUGGCAAAUGGAUACUGACGUACAUAGUUUAAGAGUUUUCCUCCUGCUGGUUCAAUAAAUCCAUGUAAUUCUCAUGUCAAUGAACUUAUUCUUAAUGGAGCUUGGAAUUUUAAUUUAGUUUAUUAAUAAA